CCAACCAGAUGCCCUCCAGAUGUGUUAGACUCCAACUCCCAACAGCCCCAGCCGUCACAGUGAAAGGUUGAGGGUGAUGGGAGCUGUAGUCCAAAAUACCUUGGGGCAGGCUGCCCUAAAACUACCUGAGGAAUCUCACAUCCUGCAGCAAGGGUGGGUGCUAAGGAAAUAUUUUGCUUAGUCUGUGGUUGGAGUAGCAGCACAUUUGGCAGGCCUGGCAGGGAGACUGGUGUGAGAGGAAGGAGACGAGGACAGACUUUUUAAAAGUGAGUUUUCCUGCAAUAACGUCGAGCAUACAAAAGAGAAUACAGUGGUACCUCAGGUUACAUACACUUCAGGUUACAGACUCCCCUAACCCAGAAAUAGUGCUUCAGGUUAAGAACUUUGCUUCAGGAUGAGAACAGAAAUUGUGCUCCGGCGGCACGGCAGCAGCAGGAGGCCCCAUUAGCUAAAGUGGUGCUUCAGGUUAAGAACAGUUUCAGGUUAAGAACGGAUCUCCGGAACGAAUUAAGUACUUAACCCAAGGUACCACUGUAGUAUAUAAACAGACCAACAAGUGUGUGGAGCAUAAAAGCAUAGUAGAUAUCAAUAAAAUUACUGAAAUAAUGGUUGAUAAGUAAGUGAAGAGACACUAAAAGGCUAGCAAAUAUAAAGAUGGAGCUGUUUCGUGUUAAAUGAACUUACUCUUGGUUUGUAGGGAAGUUGAUCUGGACGUUGGGCUUCUUUGUUUUUACUAUAUUUAAAUCCCCCUAGCCUAUAUUCACUAGUAGGGACCUGCCUUUGCAAUUCCCCAACCCCACAGAGUUUCCUAAGGAGCCUUACUUACCCCAGAGAUCACCAACUGCCCACUUCCAACGGUCAAACCCAAACCCCUCAGAAUGUUAGGGAGCAAACAUUCCUGAUCAGACAGGAGGGCUGCUUGGAACUUGGAAAGUUCAUUUUAAAAAGGAACUAUUUCAAGUUCAACAUGUCCCCAAAGGGGACUGCUCCAUGUUAGUCCAUCCAGAACUGAUUCUGCUCCAUGUUAGUCCAUUUACAAAAUGAACUAGUUUGGUUCACGUUUAAGUAAAUGGGUUCAGGGCUUCAGCCUUGCAGUGGUAUAAGCUUUCGUGGACAAGAGCUCAUCUCAUUAGAUGCUUUUUCAUCAUGCCCAGAAAUACUAUGUUGUAUCUCUGCAAAAAAACCAAAACCCAACAUUUUUCUUUGUUGAUAAAUAAUUAUGAUAAACUCGAAAGCUUGUUGAUUCAUUCAUGUCUUCUUAGUUGGUCUUUAGUGAGAACAUUUUUAGAUGGUUUCCAUAUAGAUAGCUAAACCUCUUAGCAAUCCUUUGCCACCGAGUUUACUGGAGCUAGUUUUUCAUAGGAAGUUUUUAAUGUUUGAUGUUUUAUCUUGUUUUGUAUGCUGCAUACCUUAUUUAUGUAUUUUUAUUAAAGUGGGGUCUCUAAAUAUUUUGAUACAGAAAUAAAAUAAACUUACUUGGGAGUAAGGCCCAUUAAAUGCAGACUAAGCUUGCUUCUGAGUAAACGUGUGUAUGCUCAGCUACACCAAACCUGUCUUUGAACUAUGUUAUGAACUACGCUCUGUAAGUUGAAUAAUUUGUCUUUGAACUUGCUUUUCCUCCUCCCUCUCAAUUCCUUUUACUUCACAUGUUAUGUUAUUCUGAGAGCUUUUUUGCCUAAAGAGCAAGGGGUGUGUCUGUGAACUCAGGAUAAAGUGUUCAUUUCCUAAUUAUUUUUCUGCAGGAAGAGUGACUAACCAAUCGAGCAAAGCUAACAAUGAGUUUUGUGGGACCUAAAAGUUCAACAAAUUCAUUAUGGCAUUAGUUUUUGUGAACUGUUCAUAAUAAAUUUGUGAGGCUUUAAAGUGCCACAAAGCUACUCCACUGGAAACUGAUCAAUUAUUGGUUCUCAUCUAUAACAAAUGGGUGUGGCUAGUCAAACCUCGGGUCCCGGGUGUUAGAUUAAAAGGGACAAUGAGUGACAUCUCCUAAAUCAUUGGAGGAAAUAGCUGGAUCCUUAAAGAAAGUUGAACCUGUAGCCAUUGUUCAUACAAACUUAAUGGAUCUUACGAGAUGUGUGAAUUAAGGAAUUUGAAUGUAUUAUACAGCCUAAGCAAUGGAAAAUUGCUUUACAUUCUGUGGAAUGUAAAUUGAGACUGGAAAUUGAGACUGAUCCAUCAAAAAUAAAUAUACAGUGGUACCUCGGGUUAAGUACUUAAUUCGUUCCGGAGGUCCGUACUUAACCUGAAACUGUUCUUAACCUGAAGCACCACUUUAGCUAAUGGGGUCUCCUGCUGCCGCCGCGCCGCCAGAGCACGAUUUCUGUUCUCAUCCUGAAGCAAAGUUCUUAACCCGAGGUAAUAUUUCUGGGUUAGCGGAGUCUGUAACCUGAAGCGUAUGUAACCUGAAGCGUAUGUAACUCGAGGUACCACUGUAUUCUGUUUGCAGAUAAAAUGGAAGAAUCCAAUGAAAGGCGUUCCCCCCCAAUAUAUAUAUAUAAAUUCUGCACUAGAAAUCUGUCUAGAGUUAUGUUAAUACUGUAUUCAAACCACACACCCCUGGUCUAGCAGGAGCAGCAUGAACUCAUGCAGGUUUACUGUAGAGCUGGGCAACCUGUGGCCCUCUAAAUAUUGCUGCACUACAACUCCCAUCAUCCCUGACCCUUGGCUAUGCCAGCUGGAUCGGAUGAGAGUUGGAGCUCUGGCCUUGCCACUGUCUCAAAAAAAGUGUUUUUGCACUGCAUUGUGGCCGCAUAUAGCACCCUUUUCCCUGUAGAGAAACAGAUCCACCGCUAAAACUGAAGGGAAUGUCUCAUUUUAUCAUUUUAACUCUCUAGCCCUCAUUGUUCCAGGAAAGUAAGAGUUUGUAAAAAAAAUCAAAUUCCGAAGUAAAGUGAGACACCAGUGUCACCUUACUUCUCUCGUUUGGUCCCUCCACCUUUAAAAAGUUCUGUUUCAUGUCAACCCAGCCCUCCCAUCAAUCCAUUGUGAUGGCUGAAAAGAAGCGAUAGGGGGUGGGGGGGAGGGAUUUUUGGCCCAAAUUCUGCCCCGCCUUUGAGGACUUAAAAGCCGCGGACCAAAGCACUGCGUGCUUAUUGGGCCUUCGGGAUUCACACGUGGAGAAAGGUGACGCGGGGUUUGAACGGGAGGACGGCGGGAUUUCUCAACCCGUUUUAUUCGCGAGUGACUUGUGCGUUGCAAAGAUGGGGGGCUCAUUUCUGCAAGUGCCGAGGCUGGCACCUGCUUGUGGAAAGGGUUGGGUGUCUUUUACAAGGUUCAUUCGAAUUGAUCCGUUUACACGCAGGCUAGAAAGGGUGUGUGUGUUUCUUUUCAAAGACCCCCCCGAUAAAACCGAUGCUUGGCCGGGUGUGUGUGUGUCUCCCCCGCUGAUCUUAGCAAGGUGAAGGGACUCUGGUCUGGUUUGACUUCGAAGUCGCUUCGGUUUCGGUUAGGGGGCGUUUGGUUUUCGGGUCGGGAGAGGUAGGGCUCAAUUCGUGAAAUUGCGAUUAGGGUGGUUGGGCGAAGGGGCUGUGCUCCUGUGCCUUUAAUAUCUGUGUUGGGGAGCGAAUUUAGCAGCUUGUCAUCCCAGGCACACGUGCGGAGGAGAGAUUCUCAAUUCUACAUACCUUUUAAAGGUGCAGGAGACCUGCCCUCUCUGACCCCCUGCCCACCCCAACUGUGACUAUUUGGGUGAAUUUCUUUGGGGUUAAACAUUGCAAUCCUAUACUGUACAUAUUUACUGUGCUCAAUAGGCUUUACUCCCUAGUUCUUAAAAUUGUAGACUCAUAACCCACCUACUUUAUGCCCAUUGAACUGGAUAGGAUUUCUGAAUAGGAAUUACUUCUGAAUCCAUAAUGCAGAAUAUAGGGCUGUCAAACUGGACCAGUGAAGGUGCCAGUUGCUGGUGGGGGUCUCUGCCCAUCCUGCUUAUUCUGUUCCCUUCUGGUCUUUUCUCUGAUCCAAGGCUUUGUCUUGGCUGUGUGUGUGUGUUUGUGUGUUCACUGCACAUCUUUACAGCAGUCUAAAUGGGUCUCACUCCAGUAACUUUGGUGCAUGCACCAGAAUUCAAGCCUGGAUAGGUUUUUUUGCCAAAUCAGAUGGGCAUGGGCAUCUUAAAUUAGCAACCUCUGAUUGGGGCCACUGUCUUCUACUUACCGCCCCCCCCCCCAAAAAUGCUGGGGGGGGGGGGAAGCAUGCAGGCAUAGUAGAAAAACUUUGAUGUUAAAUUUGGAGGCAUAAUUUGGACUCCAGAGGUGUUUUUUUUUUGCAGCUGGCGGCCUGCAAAUGUUGUUGUGUAGCUGCAGUUUCAACCAUGUUUGUAGACUUUCCCCCCUCUUCCAGGUACAUCUGGGCUUUGCCUCUUGCUUCCAAUCCUUACAGGCUCCCUCAGCCUUGUCACCAUGGGCAAAGAGAAGACCCACAUCAACAUAGUGGUUAUUGGGCAUGUGGACUCUGGCAAGUCGACCACCACAGGCCACCUCAUCUACAAAUGUGGAGGCAUAGACAAGCGUACCAUAGAGAAAUUUGAGAAGGAGGCAGCUGAGGUGAGUUCAUGCUAGGCCUCAGGCCUAGAAUGAAAGGCAGUACCUCUACGUACGUACAGAGGGCAUUCCUGCUUCAUUGACUGUGCCUGCACAACUAGGAUAUUGGGGUAGCUUUGAACCACUGGCACUGCUACUGCUUUUUUAUUUUUAAUUAAUCACUGGCUGCUCCAGGAAUCCUAUACCCCCUUGUCUGUCCUCUUCUCACUCGGCUGGAGUGUUUUGGAAAUAGUGUGCAUUUAUUUUUAUUUUUUUAAGAUGCUGACUUAACGGAAUAUAGCCUCCAUCUUCAAGGCUAAGGUGUGUGUAUAUAUGUGUAAAUAAAACUAUAUAUCUUAAAGACACUACAGGCUCUGCCAUGCCUCAUUCAAAAGGAACACAAACCCCGGUUAAGUGUCAAGACCCCUGAAAUCUUGCUACCGCUUGGCAGAGUUUGGGGUGGCCGGUAGCAAUAUAUUAACUCUCUCUCUCACACACACAGCUACAUCUACCUCCUGCAACUGCACAAGAUUCAGGAGAAAGCUAGCUUAGAUGUUAAUUGCCUACUAGCAAGCAUACCAGGGAUUUAUUUUGUUUCAACAAACUAUUGUUAACUAUUUAAAUUUGUUUUAGAGGCUAUUAUUAUUGGUAUAUGACCAUGGAGAAGAGUUAACCCUUUCUACCCCUGUUACAAUCAUUUUGAAAAUCCCCUUCGCAUGCUAUUAAUUCCAGAAAGAAACAGCUCCUACAGCAAUGAGUAGGUAUGUCAUUUUAAUAAGGAAUGUGGUAGAGAAUGAAAAGUUUAAAUCUUCCUAAGUGCUGCACUGCAGUCCUAAUUAUAACUCCCCCCCCCAUUGCCAUCCAUGCAUGCAAUUACAGUGGUACCUGGGGUUACAUAUGCUUCAAGUUACAUAUGCUUCAGGUUACAGACUCCGCUAACCCAGAAAUAUUACCUCGGGUUAAGAAUUUGUUUCAGGAUGAGAACAGAAAUCGUGCUCUGGUGGUGCGGUGGCAGCAGGAGGCCCUAUUAGCUAAAGUGGUGCUUCAGGUUAAGAACAGACCUCCAGAACGAAUUAAGUUCUUAACCCGAGGUACCACUGUAAUUAAAAAACAAACAAAGUGAGGCUUCCUGAUGAUGCAUUUUGCAUCAUGUAUAGUUUGGUUGCUAAAAGUAGUUUUCUCUCUUCCUUGCAGAUGGGAAAAGGCUCUUUCAAAUAUGCCUGGGUGCUGGACAAGCUGAAAGCUGAGCGGGAGCGAGGGAUCACCAUCGACAUCUCCCUGUGGAAGUUCGAAACCAGCAAAUUCUACAUUACCAUCAUCGACGCUCCCGGCCACAGGGACUUCAUAAAGAACAUGAUCACUGGGACCUCUCAGGUAAGGUUGCUGUCUUCCACUCCCCUGGAGAGGAAACGUGUGCCAUUAGUUAUGGCUACUUCUUUUUUCUUUGCAAAACAGUGCAAAGUAAAAUGUAACUUACCUUUUUAAAGAAAAGGGAGGAAGAACCAGCUGCCCAAAAAUAAGAUGGGGGGGGCGGGGGGCGGGAAUCUGGCUUGCCAGUAGACCACAAGCCUAACUUGAGUCAACCGUGUGAUGCAGCAGCAAAAAAAGCUAAUCAGGCUAUAUUAACAGAAGUAUAGUGUCUCGAUCAAGGGAAGUAAUAGUUCCACUCUAUUCUGGCUUGGUAAAACCAUAUCUGGAGUACUGUGGCCAGUUCUGGGUGCCACAGUUUGAGAAGUAUAUUGGCAAGCUGGAAUGUGUGCAGAGGAGGGCUACCAAGAUGAUAAAAAGUCUGGAAAUCAAACCUUUGCCCUAACGCAGCCUCAUGGGUUGUAGUUUCUGAGGGCUGUUGAAACUCCAUUAAAGAUUUGUAUCCUGUUUCAUGGCACUAAUAGUUUCUAGAUGAAUGUAAAUGACUUACGCCUACCAUAUUAGUUUGCCCUAACUGUCCCCUAGAUUCUACCCUGACUCCUUGGGAGUCCCUAGACUCCAGACAGUAUUCCAGAGCUGUCUCUUGGUCUCCCCAGGCUGACUGUGCAGUGCUGAUUGUGGCUGCUGGCAUGGGUGAGUUUGAAGCUGGCAUCUCCAAGAGUGGGCAGACCCGUGAGCAUGCCCUUUUGGCCUAUACUUUGGGGGUGAAGCAGCUCAUCAUUGGGGUGAACAAGAUGGACUCCACAGAGCCUCCUUACAGCAGCAAGCGCUACCAGGAGAUUUCCAAGGAAGUGAGUGCCUACAUCAAGAAGAUUGGCUACAACCCAGCCACUGUGGCCUUUGUGCCCAUCUCUGGGUGGCAUGGAGACAACAUGUUAGAGCCCAGCAGUAACGUGAGUAGCUUACUGUAUUUUUCUCCCCCUUUCCUCAAACCUACUCAGUAGGGAAGUUUAGAUUGAUGAGGUCAGUGGUAUUUCUCCAGCACAAAGGAACCUGUGGUCCUCCAGAUGCUGUUGGACUAUAACGCCCAUCAUUCCUGACUGUAUUUGCUGGGGUUGAUGGGACUUGGGAGUCAAACAUCUGGAGGGCCACAAGACCUCAUCCUUUCUUUAUCCCAUGUCUAAAAAUCUUACUUAAGCAUCUGUUCUGGCACUGGAGAUUUAAGCAGACAUCUUAUGCCCACUUUCAAGCAUACCUCUGCAGUCAUAAGAACUAGAAACUUCAUUUACCCCUCCUUUGAAAAUAAAUGUUGAGGCUUUUGGUGAGCUGAAUUCCACCAUCCAGUGGAAUUGCAGAAGACACAUAGCCCCGUUCAUACUGAUUUAGGCUGUUUGCCCAGCUGACCCACUUCGGCUAACAUAGAUUGGCAGUAGUUCUCCAGAGUCCCAUGAAGGAGGUCUUUGGUAAGCUCCCACCUGAAGAUCCCAGGAAAUAAGCUUAGACUUGCCAAGCUUGUUCCUACCCCCUCCUAAAAACUGGAAACACAUUCCCAGGAGAGAGACAGGAGAAUAUGCCCACUUCCAAAGACCAGCUGUAGAAGGUCUCCAGCUGUAGAAUUGCAUGAUGUGACUUCAGGCUGUCACAAAUAUUUGCAGGCAUGCUGAAAACUGCACAUGCUCUUCAUCUCUGUUGGCAGAUGCCUUGGUUCAAGGGCUGGAGCAUCACCAGGAAGGAAGGCAAUGCCUCUGGCACCACUUUGCUGGAAGCUCUGGAUUCUAUUAUCCCUCCUUCCCGCCCUGUUAACAAGCCCCUUCGCCUUCCUCUGCAGGAUGUCUACAAGAUUGGUGGUAUGCAUUACUGUACUGGUGGGAUAAUAAUGUAAAAGGAUAUUGACCUGCGCUUCAAUAGUUAUGCACAGAUCAGUGAUUCAAUGCAGGCAAAUAUUCCAGCUUUCAGGAAGAAUUCCGAGUCCUUGCUGGUCUGCAUUUGUAGCCUGAAUUUCUGCCAAAAAGGCUCCCGGAGCAGCUUACAUAGAAUCAACUGAAAUAAGGCAGCCCCGCUUGCAGAGUUGCAGUCCUAAAGCCAUGGCACACAAGGGAAAAGAGACUGGGAUGGAAGAGGAGAAGCACAAACUCGGCCACCAAUUCUUAAGAGUUAAAUAGUACUACUUUACAUAUGGAAGCCUAGUGGGUUGCCUGAGGCUGACUAGGCCAUAUUUUUCACUACUCGACUGGGGACGGCUGUUGUUCUAUGAGGCAGAGCUUGGAGUAACUCUGUCAGGCCAUUAGCUGUGCAGCUCAGUGGGUAACCCUGUUGCUUUACCCUUAGGCAUUGGCACUGUCCCGGUGGGCAGGGUGGAAACAGGGUUCCUGAAGGCCGGCAUGGUGGUCACUUUCGCCCCCACCAACAUCACCACAGAGGUGAAGUCUGUGGAAAUGCACCAUGAGGCGCUGGCGGAGGCCCUGCCAGGAGACAACGUGGGCUUCAACGUCAAGAACGUGUCAGUGAAAGACAUCCAUCGUGGGAACGUGGCCGGGGACAGCAAGAACGACCCUCCCAUGGAGGCAGGCAGCUUCUCAGCCCAGGUGAGGGGUGGGCAGGGCCAGAGGGGUCUUGGGAGAUAGAGGAAGCUUCCAUAUUUAGUCACUUAUUGGUCCAUUUAGCUUGGUAUUGUCUACACUGACUGGCAGCAGGUCUCCAUGAUUUGGGCCUGGUUUCCCUCCCAGCCCUACCUAGAGUUGCUGGGGAUUGAACCGGGACUUUCUGUAUGCAGAUGCUCUUCCAUUGAGCUGCAGCCCUUCCCAUAAUGUUUGGUUGCAUAUCCUUGUAACUCCAUAAAGCAGGGAUGGGGGACCUUUUUGGCCUGGUGGGCCAGGCCUUUAUAUCCCCACACCUGCAUAGGUCAACUUACUACCUGUCAAUCAUACAUACAUACAUACAUACAAACAAACAAACAUAUGCUGCCUUUCCACAAUUCAAGCCAUGCCCAAGGCGGCUUACAUAAUGAAAAAAUACAUAACUACAACAUAACAAAAGUAGACAUCAGUAGUAAAUUCAAAAAUACAAAACGAAACCGAACAAUUCCCAUAAAUCACAGCAAACAAUACAAAAACAACAACAACCUAGCAAUAAGAGCAACAACUCCCUCCUCAACACCACCUCAGCAGCCUGAGGCCCCACCCUCCCAGAUCAGGUGUAAAAAGGCCAAGCUUCAUUGGAUACUCAAUUCUCAUUUCCAGUCUGCACAGGUUAAGCACCUUAAAAUCAGGGCCAGAAUCAAGGAUCAACAUGGCUGAUACAGUAAAUAAUAAUGCCAUGCCAUUCCCCAUGGGCUCCAGUCACCACUGAGAUCAAGUCCUUUGCAUUACAAGUAUUCUGAAUCCUGAACUGUCCUGGUCAGAAACAUGAAGUUGCCCGGGUGGUAUGGCAUUUAGAGAAGAAAACAAAGCUUGUGGAAUACUGCAUAACAGCAAGAGGAAUCUGUUGAAGUUGAACAAUCAUCCAGUGUCAAGUGGGUAGUUUCCUACCUCUGCUGUGUAGCAACAUCAUCAUAGAACAGGACUCAAGGUGACUUAAAAAAGUAAAAAUAAGAACCGCAAAAAAGGGGGGGAAGCAAUCUUUAAAAAAGUAAACACUGAUAGAACAAAAAGCUAUAUACAUACAUACAUACAAUUUAUUUAAAACCUUACAAAAACUACAAUAAAAACAGCACGACACCAGCUCUUUCAUAAAAAGCAGUCAAUUCCUAAGAGCCUAUUGGAGCAAAAAAAAUGUACCUGCCAGCAGAAGGACAGCAAGGAGGGUGCCAAUCUAGCUUCACCAGGGAGGGAGUUUCAUAGUUCAGGAGCAGCCACCGAAAAGGCCAUCUCCCAUGUUCCCAGGGCUGAUGGGAGUUGUAGUCCAAAACAUCUGAAGGGCACCCAGUUGGGGAAAGGCUGCUGGACAGGUAGAGUAAAUGUUUUCAGAAGUCCUACGUGUACUUCCUCCUUGACCUUGAUGUUGUAGGUGAUCAUCUUGAACCACCCAGGCCAGAUCUCAGCAGGCUAUGCCCCAGUCCUGGACUGCCACACAGCCCAUAUCUCCUGUAAGUUUGCUGAGCUGAAGGAGAAGAUUGACCGCAGGUCUGGCAAGAAGCUGGAGGAUGACCCCAAAUCCCUGAAGACUGGCGAUGCGGCCAUUGUUCAGAUGAUCCCUGGCAAGCCCAUGUGUGUGGAGAGCUUCUCUGAAUACCCACCUCUUGGUAAGUUUGCAGCGCAUUUAUCAGAGACUCGUGGCCUCAUAUAUGGGAUUGGCUAGGAAUUCUAAAAAACUAAAACCUCAGGGCAGUUUUGAAAUUGGUGUAGCUUAGGAAGGUUCAGUCCACUAUCUUGAUUCAAAAUGACUUCAAAAUGUAUCAAAAAACCAAGAUGCAGCUUGGUCUCGGGAACCAUCAUGCAAAAGUGUCCAUACUUCCAUUUUAAAGGGCAUCAUUUUGGUUUUUCUCAUUAUGUGGAAGGGUGAGGGUCUAGGUUGUGCAAGGGCCUUUUCAGGUCAUUCAGGUUUGCCUAGGCCCUGACCUGGGGAAGGGCCAUAGCUCAGUGGCAGAGCAUCUGCUUUGCAUGCAGAAGGUCACAAGUUCAAUCCCAGGCAUCUCCAGGUAAGGCUGGAAGAGAAACUCACUGGCUGAUACCCUGGAGAACCGUGGCUUGUCAGGGCAGAUGGUACUGAACUUGAUGGGCCAGUGGUAUAAGGCAGCAUCCUAUGUUCCUGUUUUCCUCUGGCACUAAGGGGCAUUGUGCAUGUGCACAUACCACAACAGCCAUGAGGGCUAGCAACUUGGAUUUUUAAAAAAUGGACUGAAAAAUUAGAUUUUUAGGUAGCUAGUACAUCUUGCCCUUGACUGAGGAUGUGAGACUGAAUUGUGGGAGUGGCUGCGGAAUGUGGUUUGAGAGUUUGCUAUAACAGGAAGUUUUGCGUAGGUUUGUACUUGAUGUGUGUUCCUCAUGUAAGGGUAUUCUUCUGCUAAGAAUGACUGCCUCUGUAGGACCUUCUGGGUCUGUUUAGGAGUCUUUUUUCAGGCCUCUCCUGUCUGCCUCAAUAGCCAUUUUGAGUAGGCUGAACUUGAAAACAGUGCACAUAAAUCGUCCACAUAAACAAAUAAUGAAUCAUUCUGUGGUCAGUUGUGAUGAAUCAGGUCCUCCUUUGAAGCUUGGCAGGGAGGUAUGAUCUUUGACUGUAUCCUCCUAUUAAAUGUACCACAUGCUAACUAUUAGUGGCUACUGUAUGAUAUGAGUGGCUAGGCCAAGAGUAGGUAACCUUUGCCCCUCCAGAUGUUGAUGAACUACAACUUCCAUAAUCCCUGGUCAUGCUUCCUAGGACUGAAGGGAGUUGUAGUGCAGCAACAUCUGGAGGACCAAAGGUUACCCUCACCUUGGUUAGGCAUUUGUUUCUAGCUUUUAGGAAGGCUGCUGCUUGCUAAUGGUGCACUCUUCUAGCUUGCGGUUUUGCAUUCUACAGCCAUUUAUAGCUACAUCUAUGUGACAGCUUUAAAAACUAGUUUAAUAAUCAGUCCUUCUUCCUAAGGAAUACAGUGGUACCUUGGGUUACAGACGCUUCAGGUUACAGACACUUCAGGUUACAUACUCCGCUAACCCAGAAAUAGUACCUUGGGUUAAGAACUUUGCUUCAGGAUGAGAACAGAAAUUGUGCAGCGGUGGCGCAGCAGCAGCGGGAGGCCCCAUUAGCUAAAGUGGUACCUCAGGUUAAGAACAGUUUCAGGUUAAGAAUGGACCUCCAGAACAAAUUAAGUUCUUAACCCGAGGUACGACUGUACUAGGAACUGGUAAUUCUGUGAGUGGAGCUACAAAUAUCAAACUCUUCACAACUGCAGCUAAGCCAUGGCACUUUAAACCUGUCGAUCAUAGGUAAAAAGAUUCCAGAAACUGCACUGAACUUUCUGUGCCCUAAUGAGUUCUCUUCUCUUUGGCAGGUCGUUUUGCUGUUCGGGACAUGAGGCAGACAGUGGCCGUGGGUGUAAUUAAGUCUGUGGAGAAGAAGGCUAGUGGGGCAGCUAAAAUAACUAAGUCUGCCAUAAAGGCCAGUAAAAAGUGAGCAGCUUCUUGCCCCGCCCCCCCAGCAUCAACAGCUGGUGCUUAGCCUCUUUCUGAUCCCUGACUGGAGCCCGGCCUCGCUCAAACUAGACUGAUGGCUGAGUACUGCCAUGUAGCGGAAGAGGAUCUUGAAGGAAACUGGACACUCUGUGGGUGGUGGGUUUAAAAGCCUUAAAUAUAUAAAAAUAAAAAUGUGCAUCUAA